AUCGCAAUUAGGCAAUGUAUGAAUGGACUGUAUAUAUUCAUACCAUGGAACUCGAAUUUAUCAAAUAUUAUGUGGACCAAAAAUGAAUCGGCCAUUGAUAUAUCAAACGGAGUGAAGUACAAAACAGGAACAGACAGUACGCCCAUGCUGAUUAUCAAUGGUGCUACUUCAGAGGAUAGUGGAAAAUACUCAUGUAUGGGAACGUCGUUAUUACGUUCUUUCAUGAGCAGGCCUAUUCAUAUAGGAAUAACUCCUGUACGCCUCAAAAGUCCUUCUGCAGUGAAUGUUGGGGAACCAUUAUCAAACCAUUGGGAUUGGCCGUAUUUGAAACCAGACACAACUUCUGAAUCUGAGACUAGUGACCUUGACCUCUAUAUCGUCAUGAUCCCAGAACCCCAUGUCGAAACUCAGGAUUGUACUCACGUUAAGGGUCAAGAAGAACGACACGAAUAUGAUUUGUUUAGCAGAAUAGAUUUCAACUCCAUCAAAAGGUACCUCCAUUUCUGGCUUCUCUUCUGCGAAGGAGGCUCCGUGGAUCUGGAAAACAAAGAUCAGUUGGAGAUCCUGAAGGACUUGUACGCAUUCUCCAAGGGACCAGACGCAGAACCUAUUCCAGAUGAUAUAAGAUCUGACUGCUCCAUAUAUGAUAGCAUGAUUUGUACGGGGACCAAAUUAACAUUUACUUCAGAUGAUGUUGAGAAACAGACUCUCUGGGCUUAUAUUCAACACGGUUAUCUUGUGCAGAAAAACGUUCAUUUCCUUCUGGACAAGGCACCAGUUGCCUUGAUCGCAAAGUAUUUCAGGACAUCUGGGUAUCUUGGUUCUCAAGAAGAAUGGUGUAUUUGUCUCCCUAGCAUUUUCACUGAGAAACUCAUUGUAAAACUAGACUUGGGUAUCAUCCCACAUCCCACUAUUACAGAUACCAAUAUUCAUCCAUUAGUGAGCCGAAUAUUGAAAAUCCCUGAGGAAAUUCUAAGAUGGGAAUAUGACCAGCGCCUGAAGUUCUUGAAAAGCAUACGUGAAGAAAGCAUUGAAAUGUUCAGGGGAAGAGCGAUGAUCGUUGGGUGUGUGGGGGCAGGUAAAACCACCUUCCUAAGAAGGCUUCAAUCCAAAUGGACAUUAGAGGACUUAUACACCACUGAGUCAACUGUAGGGCUCGAAGUUCAUCAUAAUAUGUUCCAAAUUGAGGAUAAUGAAGACCAGAAAUUGCUGAAAGGUUGA